UGUGUGAAUGAAUUUUUUGAAGAAAAAGUCGCCGCUACGCUGCACUCGAAGCAAAAUUCGCAAAAUUCUUAACUAAUUUCCAUUCGAAAACUCAGCCGACCGUAUGAAAAUAAGCCAAUAAACAUCUUUUUCCAUAUACGGUGCUGAAUUUUCCACCAAAGAACUUCGGUAAAAAGAUUUUUUAAAAGAGAAAAAUGCAAAAAAGUAUCAAUUGUUCUUGUUCAUUAUCGCUAUCGUCGCCAUCGCCAUCGCUCUCUUCGUCUUCGUUUUCUAUUUCUUUUUCGUUGUCGUACUCCUCGUAGUUGUUCUUGUUCGUCGAAUUCGGAUCGCAGAUCGGACUUUUAUUCUCUUGCAAAAACCUAAAGACGAUUAUUUUCCGUUUAAAUAAUAAAAAUUAUUACAGUUUCCCGUGUAAUGAAUUAAGCAAAAAUUAAAGAAAAUGUCUAAUUAAUAUCGAGUGUAAUCGGAUUAACGCUAAAGCUAAACCAAAAGCAAACGCAAACGAAACGAAAGGAACCCCAACAACGUUGUGCAAGAUAUAAUAAGUGGUGUGAAAAAAUUUUCUUUUCUUCUCUAGAGACGAGCGACGGAUGACGACGGGCUGGGUUGAUAUUUUUCAUUUUUUCGUUUCUAUUGGAGAAAUUUUUUGGAAUUGGAGUUGAAUAGAAGAAGGAAAUUCAUCGACAUACAUAUAUAUAUAUUUUCCCACAUCCUCGCCCCUCGAUAUCUUCGAGGUUCAACAUGAUGGCAGCAAAUAGUUUUCAAUCUUUUUAAAAAAAAAUGAACUAUUAAUGCGGAUCAUCAUUCUAACUCAAAAGUAUCUGAACACACCUUUAUGUAAACAAAGUCAGUCGGACGCUACCAACCAAAAAAUUAACGAACCUGAGAUCAAGAAAAUAAAUGUGCCAUCAAAACUUGCAUCCCCAAGAAAAUGAAAAUCACAGAACAAAACAAGUCAAAUAUCAAAUAAUGUAAACAGAAGCAGAGAGUAACAUUUUAAAAUACUAUAAAUGAUAAAUAAGGAUAAUUGUUAGAGAAUAUAAUUAAAUAUUAAAGUCCCUCCAGUAGCAUUUCGUUACAAUUGCAUUCUUUUACUCUACACUAAGUUAAAAUUGAAACAGUCUUUAAAAAGAAGUUUCUUCCCAACUAUGAAUUAAAUUGGUCCGCUCAGAGUUUUUCUGUUCUUUAGCGGCUGUGGUUACACAAUAACAUAGUUACUACUUACCCGAGCUAUUAUUAUUUCUGGUGUAUUGCUGAGACGAACGAACGAAAGGUGAAACGACGGCGCUUGCAUUUACACACCUAACUGACAACUUUAAGGCAAAAGGAAAAUGUCAUCGGGCACAUUUGUUGAUCGAAUUGACCCGUUCGCCAAACGUUCACUGAAAAAGAAGAGCAAAAAGAGUCAAGGUUCCUCUCGGUACAGAAACUCACAGGAUGUGGAACUGCAGCAGCUGCCACCCUUGAAAACUGAAAGUUCUAGCUUAGAACAAGAAGAACUAUUUAUUCGAAAAUUACGUCAGUGCUGUGUUUCUUUUGACUUUAUGGAUCCAGUUUCGGAUUUGAAGGGUAAAGAAAUCAAGCGGGCUGCUCUAAACGACCUAUCCACCUACAUAACACAUGGCAGAGGAGUUCUUACGGAACCGGUGUAUCCAGAAAUUAUUAGAAUGAUUUCAUGUAAUUUAUUUCGCACGCUUCCUCCAAGUGAAAAUCCCGACUUUGAUCCGGAAGAAGAUGAUCCAACACUGGAGGCAUCAUGGCCACAUCUUCAAUUGGUGUAUGAAGUGUUCUUACGAUUUUUAGAAUCGCAGGACUUUCAAGCUACCAUUGGAAAAAGGGUUAUAGACCAAAAAUUUGUUUUACAGUUAUUAGAGCUAUUCGAUUCAGAAGAUCCUAGGGAAAGAGACUUUUUAAAAACUGUUUUGCAUCGUAUUUAUGGAAAAUUUCUAGGACUACGCGCUUUCAUUCGAAAACAAAUUAACAAUAUUUUCUUACGCUUCAUAUACGAAACUGAACAUUUCAAUGGUGUUGGUGAACUCCUCGAAAUUCUCGGCAGCAUUAUUAAUGGCUUUGCAUUGCCACUUAAGGCUGAGCAUAAACAGUUUUUGGUUAAAGUUCUAUUGCCAUUGCACAAAGUGAAAUGCUUGUCACUCUAUCAUGCUCAGUUGGCGUACUGUAUUGUACAGUUUCUCGAAAAGGAUGCAUUUCUCACUGAACCAGUUGUACGGGGACUGUUAAAGUUCUGGCCAAAAACUUGUUCACAAAAAGAAGUCAUGUUUUUGGGCGAAAUUGAAGAGAUCCUCGAUGUUAUUGAUCCACCACAAUUUGUGAAAAUACAGGAACCAUUAUUUCGACAAAUAGCCAAAUGCGUAUCCAGUCCUCAUUUUCAGGUCGCUGAGCGAGCCUUAUAUUUAUGGAAUAAUGAAUACGCUAUGUCCUUAAUAGAAGAAAAUAAUGCUGUCAUAAUGCCAAUAAUGUUCCCAGCCCUCUACCGGAUUAGCAAAGAACACUGGAAUCAAACAAUUGUAGCGCUGGUUUACAAUGUUCUAAAAACUUUUAUGGAGAUGAAUUCCAAAUUAUUCGAUGAAUUAACAGCUAGUUAUAAAGCCGAGCGACAGAAAGAGAAAAAACGAGAACGAGAUCGUGAGGAGUUAUGGAAGAAACUGCACGAACUGGAAAUAAGUCGAUCUAAAAAUAAUCCAAUAAACAGUGCUACAGCAGCAACACUGAAUACUUCAUCAUCAUCUGCGGGCGGUGGUGGAGCGCAGCAGAACUCAAACUCCCAGCAUCAGUCACAGAACAAUCAACUUCAUCAAUCGAACAAUACCGCUAAUCUGCUUCAGCAGUCGCCUGGCCUAAAUGCUGCUGGCAGCGCCUCUGGUGCGAAUGCGUCAGCUGCUGCCACUGGGGCGGCUUACACAAAUUCUGCAAUGACUGCAGGCUCAGGAGCUGGCGUUGCGAUUUCAGUGAGCAAGUGAUGUACUACAGAUUAAUAACAUUAUUUUUAUUAAUGCAAAACAGAAAGCGAAAGUAAAAAAUUCAAAAAAAUACAAUACAUACAACUAAACUGCAAGUGAAUUAAACAAAAUAAGUAAAACGCUCGGAAAAUUUAACAAAAACAAAAAUUACUGAUUACUACCGUAAAGAAUAAAAUUUAAAAAAAAAGUCAAAUAAAAAAUAAUAUUAAUUAAAAAUCACUAACAGCUGAACUUAGGUCAAGCAAUUAUAAAUAGUAGACUAAAAAACAAAGCAAACAAGUUCUUUUAAUGUAGAAGUUAAACAUAAAAACAACAAAAACAAAAUAAAAACAUAAAUACAAAAGAGCAUUACCUGCAUUAUGCAAGCAAAAUAAAAAAGGAGGAGAAAUCGUGCCUGAGUCACGUCACGUUUCUCCUAGUUUACCCCUCCAUCACGCACACUGCUUUUCUCAUAAAAUCGUAAAAUCGUAAAAUCUUCUCCAACUCACUCUCUAUCAUCUCAUCAUAUUUCCUCUCCCUUCUCUAACCAUGAACAUAGGAAACAAUAAGAAAUAAUUGUAAUAGCGCAUGUUCGAUAUAAUUAAAGAAAAACAAAAAAAUAUUACUAAAAUAUUAAUUAUGCUAAUAAUACGUUUGAAAGUGGAAAAAGCUGUACUACAACAAAUUACAUCAUAUAUUAUAUAUUGAAUAUAUUAUAUAUAUUUUUAAUUUCGGUUACUAAAACAGCAUAAAGUAUAUGAUUUUUUUUUUCAAAACGGAAAUGUAUACAAACUUAUCAUAAAAUGAAAUGAAGACGUGUCAUUCUACAGUGGAAACAUAAUCAACAAAAUUAGGCAUAAAUUAUUAAAAAUUUUGCUAAGUCGUAAUUUUAGUGGAAAUGGCAGUUACUGUUAUAAAAAAAAAAAAAUAAAAAAUACACUUUGAGAAAAUAAUAAACGUAAACUGAAACACCCUAUACAAAUACAAACACACCAACUCCACCACCACCACCACACACAAAACACACACACACGCUAUUUAUAGAAGACAGCUUCAGACUUUUUCCUUUUGUUAAAAAUAAAGCAAACAAUAAUAAAAAGUAAAAUUAAAAAAAAAAUCGUAUAAACAAUUAGUGUAACUAUGUAUAAAGAGAAAGUAAUCAUACACACAUGAAGAUGCAUUGUUUUGUUGAGUUUAAGUUGAUAUUUAACAUGAUAAAAAAUAAGAAAUAAAAUAGUUUACAUGAAAUGAAAAAAACAAAAAAAAAAUAUAAAAAAAUGAAAAAUAAAAAUUGUAUGGCACGUUCAUAAACAUACAAUAUUUAUAUAUGUGCAUAUAGUAUAUAUAUAUAUAUAAAAUAUUAAAACAAAUCUACUUAAUAUUAAUUUCUAAUAUUGUUUGUUUAAAUAUUGUAUUUUUGUUUUAUUUUGUCCUUUCUUUCGUUUCUUUAAUAAUUGUAAAUUUUUCUACCGCCGCCGCGCCGAUCCUCUUUUCAGCUUUAAGCCUUAAUCGUCCUAUUCCCAAAGUCGCCCCUCGCUCUCUCUCUCUCUUAUCACGCUUAUGUACAAAUUGAGUGACAGACAAGUAAGUUUUCAUUCGCAUGAAAGAUUUGUU